AUGGUUAACAACGAAAACGACGAUCUGUACUGCUCGUCCGGUCAGGGGACAACGAAGCAUGGGUUUAGAUCAUCAACCUACCACGGGAGGGACCGAUCUGUGCAGCCGCCGCCUCCAUUGGGACCAAGAAGCAGCAGUGCGGUCCAGAAGCGAGGUAGAAGUGAUCGACGCUCCACUUCCCUGGCCUCCGUUGCGGACUUGGUGCCGUACCAUCAGUACCGUGCCCGACAGCGGCGUGAUGCUUCUAUGGGAGAGAGCGUAUGGGACGAUGAGCUCGAGGCUGCGUUUAUGGAGGCUGACCGGAUUAUUCCAAAUCUUGGAAGAACGAAGAUGAAUGUGGAUGGCAAGCUCAGUGGAAGGAACGAGCUAAUUGCCGAUUACAUCUUCAAACUCACGGGGAAGAAACGCUCCAGAAAACAGGUGUCCAGCCAUAUCCAGGUGCUCAAGAACCUGCUCAAGAGUAAUCCCGAGGCCAUGAAGAGCAAGACGCCGGAAGAGGGCAGGAUGUCAUGGAGUUCCCAAGCUGCUUCGCCCUCGGCGUACAGCGAGCCCACUCCAUCGCUCAGAUCACAGGCGAUCCCACCGGGUCGUUCGCAUAGCUCCAUGGGCUACUUCAAUAACAGCGGUAACAUCUCCGCCUUUGCGUCGCCACCGCCAUCAGUUUCCGGAAGCCAUUUCGGCUUUUCCCCACGAAAAUUCGGCCUCUCAACAUUCCUGAUCAUGGUUGGAACCAAAUCUAACCCCAACGGUGCGAUUGAUGGGACUUUCCAUACAUACACUAGCCUUUCACCAGAAAACUCGUCACCGGCGUCUUCCAUCUCACUUUCGUCGUUGCCUGACUGGCAAGCACGGUUUCCUCUAGUUGCUUCCAUCACGGACGACAGAGCAAGCGAGCGAGGAUCCGCCUGCACCAUCCUCCACAUCAAAGCUGGAAUCCUCCCACUGACCACCAAGGCACCAACGAAUGGCCUGCUGUGCACGCAUGUUGAGGUCUCACUUCCAGACGGCGACUUCGAGGGACACCAGUGGGAUUGCGUAACCCGCAUCUACGCACCUGGCAAGCUCGAACCGGUCUGGGUGCUAUCCCAUAGCUGCCUAGCGAUGACGGAGAACCCGAUGGAAGGUGGCCGCAAGCUCAAGGUGCCUUUCGCGCCAGACUUCUGGAGCGCCUUCUACAACGGGUUGUCUAGAUCCGAGACGAACGAGGGCAAGGACGAAGGCCGCCACCGAGACCGUGAGUUCCGGAGUGCGAUCAAGGGAAUCACGGUGGUGCAGGAACUAUUCUCGUACCCGGUACAGGGCUUGGGAGUGGGUGGCAAGGAACGGUCCGCAGUGUUGAUGUGGGAGUUCACCAAGGCAGACACCCGCACGCCUGCAAGUGCAGUUUGGAGAGAGAUUAUCCGGCAGGCUGGCGACUCUAGUGGGGGAGCAAUGGGGGUGCCGGCUGGCUCGAGCUCAGCUGGCGGCGUCCCGAGGGAGGUGUACGAUGACGGCCACCUGAGGAUUGACACGACGGGAGCCAACGACGGCUGGGCCAGUCAGCAGCAGAACCACUCGCUGUAUCAGAUUAGCCCGUACGAGGAGCUGAGCCCUAGCCAGGCAGAGCUUAUGCCAUACUGCUCCUUCGAGGACCCCCGAGCCUAUACUACGCGCGGCGGCCGGCCGCCAGCGGGAUUGGUCAUGCAUCCCGGCGCUCCUACCAUGUCCGGCCAGCUCGCGAUGAAUUACCUGGCUUCGCAUACGGAUAGCCCGUAUUCGCCGUACGCGGUCGAUUUGCCCGUCAGCCGUGGCGGCCCCAUCGAGCAUUAUUUACACGGCAAUGGAGUGGACGGGGGCAGGAGCAGGAGUCGUAAUGGGGGUGGCAGUGGUGGUGGCAGUGGAGUUGGUGGUUUCAGUGCUGGUGGAGGAGGAGGAGCUGCUGGUGGUGGCGGCAUUUGGUCGCAUCACUUGAGCCCAACAUCGGAUGGACGGGGGGGGCAGGACUUGGUGGAAAACGGUGGUGGUGUAUUGACUCCUUAUUGA